GUCUUUGAGGGCGUUCACGUAAGCGUCUGUGAGCUGAAGAGCGACCAUGAGCGGACGCGGUAAAGGAGGAAAAGGACUCGGUAAAGGAGGCGCCAAGCGGCACCGCAAGGUUCUCCGCGACAACAUCCAGGGCAUCACCAAGCCCGCGAUCCGCCGUCUGGCUCGUCGCGGAGGCGUAAAGCGUAUUUCGGGUUUGAUCUACGAGGAGACUCGCGGCGUGUUGAAGGUUUUCCUGGAGAACGUGAUCCGUGACGCCGUCACGUACACAGAGCACGCGAAGAGGAAGACGGUGACCGCCAUGGACGUGGUGUACGCCCUGAAGAGGCAGGGACGCACCCUGUACGGCUUCGGAAGCUAAACUCGGGCCUCAUAACGACAACUGCCGCCAACGGCUCUUUUAAGAGCCGCCCACUCCACAACGAGCCGUUUCCUGUUGCACUUAAAUAUGACAGUCAACCUGCAAGCGUUAAUUUACUUUAGAAAGAACUUGAACCACGUGCUGCGGUGUCGUCAGAUCCCUUCCGCGCUGUUAAUGCGUAUUUUAAUCACACACGUUGAUCUCCUGACGAUUCACGGAAACAAUACAACGUAACAAGGUUUCUA